GAAAAGAAAGGGGAAGAUGAACUAAAUCUUCCCCCCUGCUUUUGAGGUAAAACAUGCGGGUUGGAUCGUAUCGUUCCUAUGAUCAAACUUGAUUGACCUGUUCACAUUCUUCCGUAUGCGAAGCGAUGGUGCAGCAACUCCGACUGCUCCUUCACCACCCAUUCCAGCAACGCAUAUUCAGAUCCUGGAAGAUUUUAACCUUCAUUGCUGGGUGUCUUUUUGGCUGCAUAGUUUUGCUAACUUAUACAACUACCAAUGAAUUCGACUCUUUCUCUGACCCUGGACUUGCUUCCAGCUUCACAGCCAAGAAUCUCAGCUCCUGCUUCGUCGACCUGAACCUCCUCAGACUCCAUGCCUACAAUUCCUCUUCCAUCGACUAUGCUCGACUCAACAUCGCUGUUACACGAACUGAUAACUUCACCGCAUUUGCCGAUUCCCUAGACGUGCCUCUCCCCACGUACCACACCGUCCGAUUAGAUAUCGAAGCUAGCCGCGAAGCCCAGUCGGAAGAAACAUGUGCAACCUCGGUGACCAUUGAGGCUCCUGCAGUAGUCGCGCGACCGGACGCAUCCCACAUGCUCUUCGGCGUUGUGACAUCUCUGGAGAAAUUGGAGGAUUCCCUGGAUGCUUUCGCCCAUUGGGCAGGUAGCACCAAUGCCCGGAUCAUGGCUAUAGUUGACCCAGGCAACACAGAGACAAGACAACGGAUAGAGCAGCGAGCGAACGAGCUGCACAUCCGCCUGACGAUGGUUCAAAAUGAAGACACACAACUGGACCAAUAUUUCUCUCUAGUCCGGAUUCUCUACCAGCACCGGGACCAUUCGACCCAGUGGGCAGUUCUAAUUGACGAAGACACAUUUUUCCCCUCGAUGAAAAACCUGGUCGAUCGACUGGCGUCCUAUGAUUCGACGCUACCACAAUAUAUUGGAGGAUUGACGGAGGACCUGGCACAGCUGUACGGUUCAGGGUACAUGGCGUACGGCGGAGCCGGAGUGUUCCUUUCCAUGCCACUUCUCGAGGAGCUGCAGCGUGUAUUUGAAAUGUGCUACUCCUUUCAAAGUGAGGGCGACCGUAUGCUUGCUUCGUGCAUCUACGCACACACAAACGCAAAGUUCACCUGGGAACAGGGGCUCCACCAACUAGACCUCCACGGGGAUGCCUCGGGCUUUUUCGAGUCCGGUCGUCCCCUACCGCUCUCCGUGCACCACUGGAAAUCAUGGUUUCACGCUGAUAUGGUCGCCCUCGGCCGGGUUGCUGAUAUCUGCGGCGACGAGUGUCUGCUUCGCAGAUGGCACCUAUCGGGGGAAUGGUUCCUUGUCAACGGAUACUCCAUCAUUCAGGAUGCGACAUUGUGGAAUAACCCGCGUCCUAUGGAACAGACAUGGAAGAAGAGCAAAUACAAGGGAUCUGAUCCAUUUGCCUAUAGUCUCGGCCCGUUGCGACGCCUAGACCCAGACAAAGUUUCUUUCCGGUUAGUGGAUGUGGUUCAAGAACUUGACCAAGUCCGACAAAUAUAUAUGUUUAAUGAGACGUCCGACAAGCCUCCGCAGGUUCUGGAAGUUGUGUGGACGGUGAAAUCCGAGGAUGGAGACUGAAUGUCCCUCCCUCACUUGCCUUUCUUCUACUGUUUAUAUUUUCUAUUUUUAUUUUCACAUCAAAUCUGUGGAUUCUAAUUCUGGACCCAAUUAUAUAUACAGUGUAUAUAGCAUGCAUAACUUAUAGAAAUAAACCUAAUCCGAAUGGGCAACA